AUGACUAACCCAGACUACAUUCUCUACUCCUACUUCCGCUCCUCCUGUUCCGCUCGCCUUCGGAUUGCUCUUAACCUCAAAUCCAUAUCUUACACUACAAUUCCCACCAAUUUGCUCAAAGAUGAGCAUCUGUCCUCUUCUCACAGGGCAUUGAACCCUUCAGCUACCGUACCUCUCCUCGUAAACCACUCCGAAGCUGACUUCAAGGUCACCCAAUCUGUCGCUGCGCUCGAGUAUCUCGACGAAACACACCCGAACUCUACCCCUCUCCUCCCCAAAGAUCCAAAGACUCGAGCUGUUGUUCGCAGCCUAGUCAACAUUGUGUGCUGCGACAUUCAGCCAGUCACCAAUAUGCGCAUUAUGCGGAGAGUGAGGGCACUGGGAGGUAACGCGGAGCAGUGGAACUGCGAACUCAUGACGGACGGGCUAGCAGCUUAUGAGGCUGUUGCGAAGCAGUGGGUGGGCAAUUACUCAGUGGGCGAUGAGAUCUCCAUGGCCGACAUUUGCCUGCUCCCCGCCGUUUGGAAUGCCGAGAGAUUCGGAGUAGAUCUGAGUCAAUACCCGGUUAUUGGGCGGGUGGUUGAGAAUUUGAAGGAUCAUCCUGCGGUCGUGAAGGCGCACUACUUUAACCAACCCGACACGCCAGAUGAGCUGAGAAUCAAGUAG